UGCUGCUUUGUUUUCAUCAUCAGAACUCUUCUGACAGGGAGGUAAGAUAAAUUACACUUGUUUAAACCAACCGGCGCGGUGAAAAUGUCAGAGAGCUCUGCAAGUUUGACAAUCCCAUGUCAUGAUAUUGUCAGUGUUGUAGAAUUCGUGCCAUUUGAAUGGUGCACGAAUCUAUUAGCUGUUGGUACAAGUUCAAGGGUUACAAUUUACAGCGUUGAUUAUAGGGAUGAGCCUGAGGAUGGAAAUCAUUUCGUGUUUAAACAAGUGCGAGAUUUCCAAAAUGGAUGCAGAGUGACAUCUAUAUCAUGGAGCCCUGAAACUUCAUAUCAAUCUCGAGAAGUGGCGGAUUGUUUAAGAUUUGCUGUUGCUGGAUCCAACAACAGAAUACAGCUUUUUGAAUCAGAUCUGCGAGAGAAAGAUGCUGUGGAGUUAUUAGAAGGCCACACAGAUUUCAUCAACUCGCUGGCAUACAACCCCCAGAGUGGCGAGACUCUUGCGUCCACAGGUGAUGACAUGACCUGUAAGCUUUGGGUAGCAGAUGAACUCAAUGCCAGUUUUCAACUUGGUGCUCCAGGAAUGUCUGUGUGUAUUCAUGAAAGGGAACCGGGCAAGGUGAUGGUGGCACAAAAAGACGGAAUCAUAAAGAUAUUCAGUAUGGACCUACAGCUACAAAUCAUGUCCCUGGAUUGUUGUCAGUCCCCUUUGAUGGGCGCUGACUGGAGCAGACUGGAUGAUGAUGUCAUUGGUGCGGUGGCUGGAACAGAAUGGCUGAUAUUCCACUUAUCGCGAUCUAGCCAGCCACAGGAGAGGCGACAGGCCCACUCUGAAGGAGCACGAGACAUUCGCUGGGCAAAGUCUACACCCAUACUACUGGCCACUACAGGUCGACCGGGACGUCAAAUCAAAGUGUUCAGCACAAGGCACCAUCAGGUUCCCUUGAGUACGAGCCAACAAGUGGCCUAUGGGAUGAGUUGGCACUACGCCCUCCCUCUCCUGGCCGUGGGAGGAGACCAGAAAGUAAACCUUUACCAUAUAGAGCCCACUAGGGCUCAGCUGGGCUGACGAUCAACCAUACAACUUAAUGAUGGAGCGGCAAAAAUUUUAAUUUGAUCAGUAACCAGGAUCCUGGCGAGGCACAAUUAGACAUAAAAUGUGUCUUCCAUGGCUGACUUUGGUUGAAAUAAUGGUGUUUGAGGGUACUGUCAGACAUAAACAAGUGCCUGCUAUGGCUGAAUUUGCUUGAAGAAUUUGUGUUUGAGGAUACAGUUCGGCAGCUGGGAUACACUUAAGGAGGUCAUACAGUUUCAACAUGGAUGUAAUGAUGAGCAGAUACAGAUUAUUUAAAACUGCCGUAGGUUUUGUGAAAGUAGAAGGUUGGAAAAUAUGCAGAUUGUUCACAAAAUUAAUUGAAUAUGUUGGACUCAUGCCAAAGUGAAUGGACAAGCGGUUUUGUUGACAAUAUAACAGUGAGGCAGAUUUCAUCAAAUUUCAUCAACUGUGAAAUGUAUAUGUUAAAGAUACAUUUAAUUCAUACAAUAAAAAUUGAUUCUG